GUUUUACCGCAUGCACGCGAGCCGGUAUAUUCCAGACGACCUCGGCAAAUAAUCCAACUCCUUGGCUGCGGUCAUACUUGCGUGGUUUGGGAUACUGUGCCGCUGAAAAAGAGAAAAUCUACAACAAAGAACUCCCCGCGGACGCCAUCUUCCACAUGUGCCGAUUCGAUUUUUUUUCCGCGGACCACAAAAUGCAACAGCGCCCUCAAUGACAAGAUGGCGGCUCGCAGGAGAGGUCGUGUUGUGGUUUUUGGUGUGGUUCUGGCGGUUGUUUUGUUCCCUUUCGUGGGUGCACUGGGUGAAGAUAGCUUUUGGGAGGAGUUGUUCUUCAAGCCUUUACAGAGUGGACACGUUUACUCACACUUCCAGUUCACUACAAGCUGGAAUGUGAGCCUCACAAAUGAAAUGAAUGAAAUGUCCCACUACAACCUGUUUCCAAAGGCUCUUGGUCAAGUUAUCACCAGGUACUCUGUUCAGGAACUUCAUAUCUCCUUGACACAAGGCCAGUGGAGGUCCGAGAAUUGGGGGUAUCCAAUCACAUCAGCACCCUCAGGGGCACAGCUGUGGGUGUGGUUCAAGCCGUCCACGCCAAGCGUUGACGAGUCAUGGAAGGGGCUGAUCAAUGCCCUCUCAGGCCUGUUCUGUGCCUCUCUCAACUUCAUUGAUGAUACCAACUCUGCUAAGCCUAGGGUAUCCUUCAAGCCAAGUGGACUUGCCUCAGAAUCUUUUGCUAAGAAUGCAGCCAACUUACGCUUUGCCUCCUUGCCGAGAGAAAAUGUCUGCACUGAGAACUUAACACCAUGGAAAAAGCUUCUUCCAUGUGAUUCUAAGGCUGGUCUGUCCUCCCUCUUCCACGCUGGCAACCUGUACAAUGCUAACUACCACUCCUUAGCUGUCGACCUCCGACCUGUAUGCGAUGAUUACCCAGCAUGCACCAGGCCGGCCUUGGAGCUCAGCCAGUCUUUAGCCGUGGUGUUCAACCCACCAGCCAGUCAUGACGGCAAGCAGGAUUGGACGCUGCGAAGCCUGUUUGACCGUCCCUUAAGCAACGUGUGUCCCAUGGCUGAAGAAAGCAAGAUCUACAUAGACAUCUCUGAUGAGAGUUUGACCAACCCAUGGCUACUCACCCCAGAAUACGCAACCAUUUCCAACAGUAGAGGGCGCACCUACGCUGUUUACGAUUUGAAAGAGAUCACCAAAGAGCACAAGAUAAAUGUUGCCAUGAAAUGGAAUGAAAGUGUGCACUAUGCUUCAGUGAAGCCGCCUCACCUUCAUGCCCACCGUUUCCUGUCUGGUUUCGGUCAGGAGCAGGGAGGCAUCACAUGUCAGCUGUUUAACAGUCACGCCACCGAGGCCCUGCGUGUGAUUUACAUGGAGACAGUGCCUUGGUUUAUCAGACUGUAUUUACAUACACUGAAGAUUGAGAACAGCCUCCAUGUAAUCAAGCCAGAGAAGCAGCUUUAUACCCCAGGCAAUGACCGGUCCAAUCCUUACCUCCUGGAACUCGUCUUGACCCUACCGCCGCAGUCAGUCACUACUCUCAGCGUCCAGUUUGACAAGGCAUUCCUGAAGUGGACGGAGUAUCCUCCGGACGCAAAUAUUGGCUUCCACAUCAGUUCGGCCGUAGUGUCCACCAUCAUGCCUUCUCACAGCAACUUUUCGGCAACAAAUCUACACAGCGCCAGAUUGCAUUCAAGCUUGGCUGAUCCUGUCUCCGGCAGUCCAUUCCUCCGUCUCUACACGGAACCCCUUCUUAUCCAGCUACCCGUGCCUGAUUUCAGCAUGCCUUACAACGUCAUUUGUCUCACCUGCACGGUGGUAGCCAUUGGCUUUGGGUCCCUCCACAACCUCACCACGCGCCGAUUUGUCCUCACAUCUACGGUAUCAGCCGACGGGGGUCUGAAGUCUAAAAUCUUGAAGUUUUUCAAGAGAUCUGCCAAGGAUGAGGAGAAUACAUCCGAUGACGAAGGAGAUAAGGAUAAGACAGUUACCAGGGAUAGACGAGCCGGCGGUGAUAACGGAACAGACUUAAGAAAUGAGGACAGUUGAUAAAAUUAUAUUACAAUUGGAAGUUGAUAUUAAUUGAUAAUAGAAUCAUGUAAAUGUUUUGUUCAUAAUUUUGUUGGUUUGCAUUUGCUAGUUGAGCUGUCAAUUUUUAGUAGUAAAUGUACAGGUCAAUCUUUGUUUUGAUGUGAGCAGUUUAAAUUUUAUUAUGUUUAUGCCAUUUGAUGUCAAAGUACAUGGCAAAUUGAUCCUUGAUUCCAUGUAUCAUUUAUCAAUUUCAUCCUCUUUUGUCAGUAUAUUGUAUCCUAAAAUAAAUGAUAGGGUUUUAGGUAUUUCCAAAAUGUGAUUCAAUCAAUUUGUGGAGUAGUGGAGACGAUGUUUAAAGAACCCCCACCUUGUUUUUUUCUUGUAAAUCGGGGCCAAACAACAGUAACAGAAUUUCAAAGUUCCCCAGCUUAUUCUCAAAUAACCAGCUUAUUCUCGAAUUUAUUACGGGGAGCCAGUGGCCUUAACCUACCCUCCGCCUCUCCCACAAUACCUUUAUGUUUACAAUUGCUACCCCCCCCACACACACUUGCGAAUUUUACAUUACUUGGAAUGUAUUGAUUAAAUUGGAAUAUAACUGUUGUAAUAACCGGUUAUUGUCGUACAAAACUAAAAUUUAUUUAGAAGUCGAUUAAAGUACCAAGUACAACGACGUUUGA